GGAAAACGCUUACGGAACAGUUUGCCUGGUACUCUAGCCCUGCUAGCAAUAGUUUCCUGGACAGGUUGGCUUUAGCAAUAUGCUCUGUUCCAACUACUAGAGGCCUAAAGAAUGAGCGUUGUGAUGCGGUUCGUAAGUGAGGCUUGCAUGUUUUCGGAUCAGCUAAGAAGCUAACUAUUUUCUCAUUUGAAGAUACCUUACAACUUAAAGAAAUGCAGCUCAAAACAAUGACAAACUGAAGCUACAACAGAGACCACUCAUUUUAACAGAGAAGCAGGUAAUCCACUUUUUAUGGAUGGUAAAAUAUAAAUAAAUCCUGUUUUGACUACAAAAGAAGAACUUCCCACACAGAACCCAUCAAACUAGGCCUAAUAUGUGUUUGCAUGAAUCUGAGUCUUUAGAAAGGAUGCAGUUAUGUUGUGAACACAUAAAUGGCUCCUGUAUAAAGAGCAACUGGUCAAUUAGCAUUCGUAUUUCCAUGUAUGCCUUAAUGAUAUCUGUGAUCCUGGCUACUGUAGCUGGCAAUUUGACUGUUAUCAUUUCAGUAUCACAUUUCAAGCAGCUCCACACCCCUACCAAUUUCCUAAUCCUCUCUAUGUCCAUGGUGGACCUUCUUCUGGGAUUCUUUGUCAUGCCUUACAGCAUGGUGAGGUCUGUUGAAAACUGUUGGUAUUUUGGGGAAUUACUCUGCAAAAUCUACACCAGCAUCGAUAUCAUGCUGAGUACAGCUUCCAUCUUCCACCUCUCCUUUAUCUCCAUUGACCGCUACUACGCCAUAUGUGACCCGCUGCGAUACAAAGCGAAGAUCAGCAUGUGUGUCAUACUGAUCAUGAUCUUCAUAAGCUGGGCCUUCCCUGCCAUGUUCGGCUUUGGACUGGUCUUUUUGAAGUUAAACCUGAUUGGAGCAGAAGAGACAUUCUAUAAGAUCAUCUACUGUGUGGGAGGCUGUUUUGUCUUCUUCAACAAAACCGCAGGGGUGGUGGCCUCCAUGGUUUCUUUUUACAUCCCUGGAUUAGUCAUGUUGUGUGUCUAUGGGAAGAUAUACAUUAUAGCCAAAAGGCAAGCCAGGUCCAUUAAGGCUGCUGUGAACCAAAUGCAGAUCAGAUUUGAAGUGCAGCAUCAUAUUUCCCACAGCAGAGAAAAAAAAGCCGCAAAGACUUUAGGCACGGUGGUUGGUGUCUUUCUCAUCUGCUGGUUCCCAUUCUUCUUCUGUAUGGCAACAGAUCCCUUUAUGCAUUAUACAAUACCUCCUAUUCUCAUUGAUGCCAUGGUUUGGUUUGGCUACUUAAAUUCUACAUUUAACCCAAUUGUUUAUGCGUAUUUUUACCUAUGGUUUCGAAGAGCCUUGAAGAUGAUUGUCCUGGGGAAGGUUUUUCAGCAGGAUUCAUCCAGAACUCAGCUCUUUUUGGAGUGAAACACACUGUUAUGUGAGACACACUUCCUCAGUAUUUUGUCAGGUAUUGUCAAUUUCCAAGCAGAAGGUCAAAGAGAAACAGCAGCUGUGGUGAUAUACCUCUAAAACUGACCAGCAAGCAAGUCACAAAAUUGUUACUGUUACUUGGGAUUUGGGAAACAUCUGGGACUUGUUAUAGAGGCAAUUAGUAGCUAUAUGUUACUUUUUCUUUUUUAACAUUAGCACUAGCGAAAUGGUCCUGAUUGUGAUGGAAAAGGGAUUGUGAAGGAAAGACCUGCAUAUUUCAGGGAUGGUUGGAGGGUGCAUGCGGGACAACUUUGUAUCUUUGUGCGUGCUCUGCUAUGCCACAGUCAGGCUAUGAGGACUGAAUUUGUCUCCACUGCAACAAUGCCUUCAAAUGCAGUGUUCCACUUCCAUUUGCUAUACAAAUGGUGUUUAGAGUUCAGAAAUCUCAACUGGGCCACAUCCAUCAUGUCCAGGUGUGAAAUUAUAUGUUGCAAAGUGAGGAUGAGGGAAAGACAAGGCAGAGAGUUCAUACUUACAAAUGGCUGCAUUGUAUGCAAUCCAAGUGUUGUGCUCGAGGAUUUCUUGUGAUUUUGCAGGGGACGCUGCAGCUGCCCUCACAGAAUAUAUGCUGCUUCUUUCAUUAGCUGCACAGAGCUGUCUGAGAGGUGCACUCCAUCAUCGUUGAGAUGGGUUGCAUUUUUGGGAUUGCACAAAGCUGAGUACAUUGAUAUGGAAUGUAUUUAAAAUCACUUACCAUACUAUUAGUGAUAUUCCAAGGGCAUGGAAAUGCCAUCAAGUUGA